CUAAUUACCGUGCUCAUACCAAGCUCGAGCCGCGCCGCUCUUGUCGCGACUUGGCCACCUAGAAAUUGCAACCCCGUCAACAGGCAUCACGGAACAUCCGAUUAGCCUGCCGUCAAGAUGUCGAGGCAUUGGGAGCAAAAUAAAGAUGCGACGGUCUACGUCGGGAACAUCGACGAACGCUUCACGCACGAGCUGCUCUCGGAGCUCAUGACCCAGGUCGGCCCCGUGCGGCAGGUGCACAUGCCCCAGGAUCGCGUGUCGCAGACACACCAGGGCUACGGCUUCGUCGAGUUCGACACGCCCGCCUCGGCCGAGUACGCCUCCAAGGUGCUCAACGGCAUCCGCAUCUGGGGCAAACCCAUCCGCGUCAACAAGGCUAGCGCCGACAAGCAGAAGACGGUCGAUAUUGGAGCCGAGCUGUUCAUCAACAACCUCGAUCCCCAGGUGGACGAGAAGAUCCUCUACGACACCUUCAGCCAGUUCGGCCAGAUCCUGCGCCAGCCCAACGUUGUGCGCGACGACAACAACAUUUCCAAGGGCUACGGCUUCGUCAGCUUCGACUCGUUCGAGGCCAGCGACGCCGCCAUCGCCACCAUGAACGGCCAGUACCUGCUGAGCAAGGCCAUCACGGUCGAGUACGCGUACAAGAAGGACGGCAAGGGCGAGCGCCACGGCGACGAGGCCGAGCGCAAGUUGGCCGCCGAGGGCAAGAAGCACAACAUCGUCCCGGAGAAACAGGCUCUCCCGCCCGCCUUCCACAUGACCGCCCCGACGGCAGCAUCGGCGGCUGCAGGAGCUGCAUCCGUGCCCCCGACCGGCCCCGCCGCCGCCGCCGCCGCCGCCGCCGCCCCUCCCGCCUCGUCACCAGCAACGGCCGUGCCUCCCUCCGCCGGCACCCCCGUCACUCCACUCGGCGCCGGCAUGUCCCCGGCAGGAGCCCCCUACGGCGGCAUGCCCCGCGCGGGCGGGCCCCAACCGCCCGCUGCCUACGGUGGCCGCCCCCCUGCGGGUGCCGCCGCCGCGGGUCUCCCGCCCGCCCCGUCCGGUCUCCCUGCCCGCCCUCCCCCAAGCCAUGGGGGCUUCGGCGGCCCCGUCGGCGGUUACCCGCACCACCCUCCGCCUCCUCCCGCGGGCUUCCCCGCUCCCGGCACAGCCGCCGGUGGCCCCCGGCCGGUUGGCCAGCCGCCCAUGUAUCCGGGCAUGGCACCGCCGGGCCCGCCGGCCGGGUUCGCCCCGGGUCCUGGGGGAGUGCCUCCGGUGCCGCCGCCCGGAUUCAUGCCGCCGCCCGGGUUCGGGGCGCCUCCGCCGCCUGCGGGGUUUGGACGGCGUUAAUUACGGCGACGGCAACGGGGAUGAAAAGGAAGGAAGAAAAAAAAAGGUUGCU